AUGUCUGAAUCUACAUCGCAGCCACACCUUCCUCUCGUUCCCCAGUGCGCCGCCUGUGGCGAUACAAUCCAUCGCCACGAGAGAAUUGUCGCAAUGCUCGGAAACGAUGGCGCAACCGCGUAUUCCGGGCGGAUCACGCGUCCUUUCCCGUUCCCACAACACGGCAUGAUCUUGACGGACGUUGACGGCCUGUUGCCAUGCCGCAUUCCCCUACACUCCUGCUCAGCCUGUAGGCGAGCACCUAUGGCUGUCCUCGUGCACUACGAUUGUUGUCAUGUUUUCCAGAAAGGGCAUAUAUGCUUGCAGAAUCGACAAGACGCACGGGUCGUCGAGGACAGCGCCGACCCAAAACAAAAAAGACAGGUCCAGCUGGCUGCGAAAGAUCCAGGCGACCAAAAGCAAACGAGAAACGAAGACCACUGUGUAGACCCGAACAGCAAACAGGAAGGCAAUCGAGGCACAGACAUCCUGGACGAGCUCUGGAUACUUGGCGCCUGGCGCCGGCCGUGGUCGCGGGCUGCCCAGCUGCACCUGGAAGAUGCGGGACCGGCGACUUACAGCGAUGCUGAACUUGGUGUAUUUGCCCGUGUGGCCGCACUGGCCGGCCUACCCAUACUCGCCAAGCUGCCUCUGGAGCUGGUGUGCCUCGUUUACAAGCUGUCCGCUCCUAGUUUGUUCUGGCGCUCUGUGCGAUGCCUCGGUCUCUGGGCUAUGCGGCGGACCAAUCCUCUCCAUCUCGCCCCGCUCGCGCAGGUCGUUUCGUGGCAGCGAUGGCAUCCCUUGCAGCUAGCAGAAGCCGUUUCCUCCCCAGGCCACUCGUGUCUACCUCGGUCCUCGCUACCGCCCUUUAUCCGAAUCACCAUUGAUCGUCAAGGCAUUUGUCAGAUCGAACGCCUACACGAGAUGCCGAAGUAUGCGGGCCAAACAACGACUCGAUUUGCCUUUAUUGUCGAAAUGGUUUCGGCAAGCCCAGCUCUUGCCGAUGUACUCGUCGAGAAAAAGCUCCGUCGUCACAUUCCGAGCCAGCUCUACGCCGUUGACGUCUACAGAUGCUUCGGCCUGACGUUUUUCUACCUGACUGGUAAGAUCUACGGCGUGCACGUGCAUCGGACCGCCCACGACACCGCCAUGGAAACAUAUCAACGUCUUGUCACUCGUGUCAAGGAAAAUAUGGUAUGGGCGCUCCUCCCAAUUGCUCCAAACGACCGCGUCAUGGCCCUUUGGGCAUGCCAACGCGAGCAUGGUAUUACUAUUGUGGCUCGAAUGGAGCUGGCUGGUGAUGUGGCGGUAGGACGCGCGUGUGGACGGAGCUCCAAGACCAUUUGCUUGUCCCGUGGAAAUCAGAUGACGUUUGUGUACGGCGAACCCUUCGAAAGCGAGCCUGUGAAAAUCGUCGGAGCUUGUUCUGGCGAGACCCAAUCAAUUGAUGACGCCGGCCGCCUUGUACAGCCUGCUCUCUCUGUGCAGACGACAAGCGCUACCCGCUUCCCCGACACGUACGUCUCGUCAGCGCCACUCCGCGACAUUCGAUCUGUGCGGGUCUUUUACGCCAACGGCACAUGUCGUGGUCUGUUGCUAAGGUACAAAAACGGUGGUGUGCGUGCCCUGGGAGAGUGCCGUCUCUUUGUUGACGAAAGCUGGGUAGUGGACCAUCCGGCCGUCAUCUGCUACCGGCCACUGCAAUACCGCGCUUACAAACACGUGUACCACGAUGGGAUAGCUGUUGAUGUGGCGCGUACGGCGCGACACUGCCAUAACGAAGAUGGUUGGGAGUGCCACGACAUCAGCCAAGGUGUUUUGCAUUUGCACUACACAACAAACCGCUCGUACACAAUGUCAUAUGAGCCAAAAUCGCAGUGA